CGCGCCUCCGUGGGCUCUCGAGCUGGGGUAGCGUGAGUCACUGCACCCCUACCUCCUUUCCAACACUCCCCACCCCCACCCAGUUCAUUACUCAGCAGGAAGAGAAGCCAGGGGACGCUGCCAAUGGACGUUUUCCUGGAGAUUAGGAAGAGGCUGCAGAGCGCACUGCUGAUUAUCCGGUACAAAGCUACCCACGUCUCAGUUCCUAGCCCUACAGUAGAGAGCCAAAACAAGGAAGCUUGCCCAUGGAUGUUUCUAUAACUCCAUCAGUACUGAAGAUUAAAACUCUUGAACAAUGCAGAGAAAUCAACUUUCCACCAGAGGUCAGGCUUGUCCCUUCUUCCCUUCGUGGGUUGCAGAAUGUGUCUGGAGAUGGGAUCCAUAUGAGACUUCUCGUUCAGGCUGACUUGAAUAAGAAACUGGUUUCCACUUUGAACCAGAGCCUGCAAGCCCUGAAGAGCUAUGUGUUUUAUUGCCAGUCCUGCGGUGAAAUCAUCAUAAAAGAAAGGAAGCUCCUCAGAGUUCUCCCUCUGCCAAGUGGAAACUGGAAUGCCUUAGUUGACGAAUGGUGUUGCCACCCAAAUCCCUUUGCUAAUAAGCCACUUAAUCCUGGAGAGAAUGACUGUUUCAUUGGAGACACUCACUUGCUGGUGAAUUUAAGAAGUGACUCAUGUGUGCCAGGACCUGAAAUAGCCCAAGCGGAGACUCACCAGCCUUCAGAGAGCCAUUCGGAAUCGAAACCAAAGGCAAAUACCAGGAUAAUUUGCAAGCGUUGCAAAGCAAUGCUAGGAGAAACUGGAUCAUCAGGGACCACAAAGUUUUAUAUCACAGAGAUAAUUAUCCAGCCAUCUGGGAGAGAUUUUGACAUGAUACCAAGGUCUCAGUUUGUACAGAGCGUUAUUGCUCAGUGUCUGGUGGAACUGUCCUCUACUAGAAGCACGUUUAGAUUCACUGUUCAAGGACAGGAUGGAAAAACUUACAUCUUGGUGUGGCUUUUAAACUCAGACAGUUUACUGAUUGAAUCUCCGGGAAAUUCAGAGAGCAUCCAAGCAUUCUCAUUAUUUGAAGGCACGGAGAGGUUGGAUUCCAACUCCACAGGCAUCUGGAAUGCUGUCAAGGUUCUUUACCAUCCAUGCAUCAAAAAUAGAAACAAUGAGCUUGCCAGUUCAUGGGAAAAUGAUAUUGGAGUCCAUUCCCUUGUCCUGCCUUCCCAAACCUGCUUGGAGCUACUGUUGAUAUUAUCAAGGAGUAAUGAUUCUCUGCCGCCUUCUCUUCAAUAUAUGAACUCCUUUCAGGUUCAGAGAUUCAGAGCUGAAAGGGACCUUCGAAGCCAUCAGAUCCAGCUCCCUUUUUUCGCAAAUGAGGGAACUGAGGCAGAGCGAUCAGUUCAGGAUUCCACAGUUAAUAAAUAUCUGAAGCGCCAUUUGAAACCGGAACCUCCAGACUCCCAAUCAGGUGGCCUUUUUGAAGAUGUGAUUGUUGGAGUCCGGCAUUCCCCUCUCUGCAAAACAACUUUCCAACAUAAUGCAUUUCAAAGGGGCCAGGUGUCUCUGUGGCAGGCAGCUAUUUUGAAGAAAGGGGUUAAGUUAUAAAAGGAAAGCAUCCUGCUUAAUUCUUUCUGUGUAUUUGUUUGCAUUUGGCAAUAUGCCUCCCAUGGGAGUAGUUCUCAGUUGGGCCCUUUGAAAAGCCAAGGCUCUGAAGAAACUCACAGUUGUGGGUUGUCAGAAGUUGGAGAUGGAUACAGAAGUGACCUCCCUAACCCCUGCAGAGAAGGACAUUUGGGUCUGUGCUGCGUCAGCACCACCUGGAAGGAAUAGGGCUGGUUGCUGGGAUAUUAGCUAAUGGGGACCCAUCUGUCCUGUAUGGAAGCUUAAGAGACAGCCCAUGAGGACAUCAUUCAGGGAGGGCUGAGAUUUGAGUGCCACAAAUUUUGAGAAGCAGACUUUUAAAGAGCAUCAUAGAUGUAGCUUUGUUUUGAAAGGAGAAAAGAAAAUAGGUUAUUUCUAGCUAUUGUCAUCAGAUUAAAAAGUAAACUGCAUGUUUUGUUAAACCAUUUUUCAUGAUGCCUAAUCUGUUUGUUUCCUUCCUAUAUUACUUUUUUUUGUACUAUUGCAGUAACCUUUAUAACAUA